UGCGCUCGUUUCUACUCAAAUCAGCAUCGCGUUCUGAGCAGUGAGGAUGGCGGAGAAGUUUAGUGUUCGAAUUGCAAUGAAAGUUUUAAUUGUUCUGCACUUAUUUGGAUUAGCGGUUGCCGUCCAUGGGCGUUUACGUCACAGUUCCGAAGAAAAUUUAAGCCUGGAAAACUCGGCUGAGGAUAGUCCGCCAUCUCCUGUUCAUCGUCCCUCACGUCACGGCGUUCGGCAAAGUCAGUCCCAACCAGCAGGAGCUCCGACCGGGUAUGGUAUAGGUUAUCCCGGUGGUUACGGACCGAACCAUUACUUAUAUGCGCCAGCACCGACACACCGUCAGAAUCAUCCACCUCCACCACCUCCUCCUCCUCCAGUACAACAGGCUCCAGCCCGCGGUGGUUUUCAUCAUGACGACGUGGACUAUGAUUAUGGGCAUCAUCAUGGUCACCACGGAGGUCGCAAGCAUAACCAUGGAGGCAGAAACGAAUUUGGGUACUGUCACGGGAACGGUUAUGGCCACGGCCAUGGCCAUGGUCAUGGACAUGGUCACGGACAUGUUCCUGGAUAUAAAUAUGGCACCGAUUCAAACGUUCAACAUGGACAUGUUUACUACAACUGGCCUCUUCAGUUGCCUGGCUCUCCCACUCGCCGUCGCCCAGUUCCUUCGGUCAAACCUACCAAGAAAAUUACCUACGAAACAACAACGGAAGCUGUUGCGGGACUUCCAGCUAUUCCGGCUCCAGUUCCUUCAUCUCCAAUUGCACCGAUUCCGCAAACUACAACUACAUCAACCACAACUCAAGCAACUACUACUGAAGAGGUUACUUACGACAUCGACUUGCGCGGUGAUUUUAGAACCAAAACUGCUUAAGACCAAAAAUACAGCUUUCAAUAUGUACUCUAGCUUUAACCAAAAGAAUAAAUACUCCAACAGGACAUAAGGUGCGUACACACAAUGAUGGAGAUUGUGUGCUGUUUCUUCAAACCAACGUUGUUUGAAGAAACUAUUACAGCCGCAAUGCAGAAAUCAUUAAACGUGUGUACGCACCUUCACUUACAAGAUGCAACAAUCGAAUAGCUGUACAUCUUAGAAUUUGUUGUUGAAUCGAUUAUAAUAAAUAUUCGACUGCUUU